UUGAAAUAACGAGAGAUGGAGCAAACGCAGCUAGCUAGCAAGGGAAAGCGUGAAAUACCAAAGAUCAAAUACAAAGUUUCAAGCCAAAUGGAAGCGAUGUUGUUGGGUUCAUUAAUGAUUCUCAUGAUAAGUUUCAUUAUCGCGCAAGCUCAACUGAAAACUGGGUUUUACUCUUCUUCAUGCCCAACCGCAGAGGCCACAGUGCGUUCCACUAUUGAAUCCUACUUCAAUAAAGACCCAACCAUUGCUCCUAGCCUGCUUAGGCUUCAUUUCCAUGAUUGCUUUGUUCAGGGCUGCGAUGGUUCAGUUCUGAUUGUAGGGUCAUCUGCAGAGCGGAAUGCAUUGGCAAACCUUAGUCUAAGAGGUUUUGAAGUGAUUGAAGAUGCAAAAUCACAACUUGAGGCAAUAUGCCCAGGUGUUGUCUCAUGCGCUGACAUACUAGCUGUGGCAGCACGUGAUGCAGUGUACUUGAGUAAUGGUCCAAGUUGGUCAGUUCCCACCGGAAGAAGAGAUGGGAGGAUAUCUUCAUCAGCGCAAGCCUCUAAUUUGCCUUCCCCACUUGACCCUGUCUCAGUCCAGAGACAAAAAUUUGCUGCCAAAGGCCUAGAUGACCAUGACCUUGUCACUCUAGUUGGCGCACAUACCAUAGGCCAGACAGAAUGCAGAUUCUUCAGCUACCGCCUGUAUAAUUUCACUACCACUGGGAAUUCAGAUCCAACUAUAAAUCAAGCAACCUUAGCACAAUUUCAAGCACUUUGUCCCAAGAAUGGAAAUGGCUUGAGAAAGGUUUCAUUGGAUAGUGGUAGUCCAGCCAAAUUUGAUGUUAGUUUCUUCAAGAAUGUGCGUGAUGGUAAUGGGGUUCUAGAGUCUGACCAGAGGCUGUGGGGAGAUUCUGCUACACAAAGUGUAGUGCAGAGUUAUGCUGGGAAUAUAAGAGGGUUGCUGGGGUUGAAAUUUGCGUAUGAAUUUCCAAAGGCCAUGAUUAAAUUGAGUAAUAUAGAGGUGAAGACCGAUACAGAAGGAGAGAUUAGAAAAGUUUGUUCAAAAUUUAAUUGAUACUAGAUUGGGACUCGUGCAUUGCAUGCACGGGCGGAUACAAGUACUACAAUCUAUAUAUAUAUAUAUGUAAAGCUCACUUGAGCUUAGUAGCUUAGCAUUAAAUAGAUUAAGCAAUAAAGUGUUUUUAAGCUACAUUAAGCAAUGAAGUUGAACAAAAGACUAUUCAUCUUAGUAUUUCAUAA